AUGCCGUCUUCAUGCAAAGAGCUCCGCGAGGCUCUCGCGCAAUGUCUCCAGGAGUCAGACUGCGUGAUGGUCCAGCGCAACAGCGCCUCUGACUGCCUCCGCGAACCGCUCGUCGACACCCUCCCUCUCCAGUGCCGACAACUCAAGAAAGGCUUUGGCGAGUGUAAGCGCGGCAUGGUAGACAUGCGAAAGCGUUUCCGCGGAAAUAUGCCCGUUGCGUACCGCACGAUGGAGAGCGCCGAGGGUGGCAAAGGAUACCAACUAUACGCAGGCAAGGCAGCGUUCGCGGGAGGCGUCAAGGAGACCAGUGGAAACGAGCCCAUACCCAUGGACUGGCGGGAGGUCGAGAACGAGAAGUACCGGGCAGAACUGGCAGCGCAGAAGGAGGCCCAGAUGAAGAAAGACCAGGGCGCAUAA